AUGCGUCAGUACAAGAUGCAAGAGCGCGGCGAUCCUUUCCUCGUGGAGAAUAACUCGCUGCGACGAGUGCCACCGAAUUUCCAUAUCCAAAUAUCUUUGACUAUGAUCAAGUAUUUCGGCACGUGGCCGCCGAAGGAUAAGUUCCGAUUUCUGUAUCUUGUUGUCCAAUUCAUCAAUCUGAUCAUCAUUUGGGGCGAUGUGCCCAGCAUGGUCGCCAGCGCUUUUCUGCUAAUGACGAACAGCGUUCAUGCUUACAAGAUAUUCCUCAUUCUAGGGAAUCAAAACCGAAUUCAAAGGAUUCUGGACAUGCUAGAGAGCGAUAAAUUCUCAAAGGACAGGGAUAAGUUCGAGAGAAUUUUUACGUGGUACGCAUGGCAGGGGAUAUACCAUUACCUGAGGUACCAGAGCUUCGGGACGAUGGCUGUAUUCUGCUGGGGUUUCACCCCCAUUGCAGACGCCAUUUCGGGUCACGCCAGGCGAUUACCCAUGGAGGCGUGGUACCCUUAUGACACCAAAGCUACACCAGCUUUUCAAAUCACCUGUGCACAUCAGAGUUUUGCUAUUAUGUUAGGAUGCUUCCACAACAUAUCCAUGGACACGUUGAUCACUGGAUUGUUGAACGUCGCCUGCUGUCAGUUCGAGGUCGUCAAGAAGAAUAUUUUGGAGCUCGAUGUUGAUGGAGGGUCUAAAGAGAUUGACGACGCGAGGCUGCGGAAGGAGCUGCACAGCUACAUUCAACAUACUGUUGAUGUUAUGGGUUUCAUCGAGGAAGUGAGAAAUAUUUUUGGAAAUGUCGUUCUCGUGCAACUUCUCGUCAACUGCAUCAUCAUCUGUCUAACCGCAUUCCAUAUAAGUCAGAUGACUGUAUUCGUCCCCGUCGAGACAUUCGGCAUGAUAACUUACAUGUGCUGCAUGACAUACCAGAUUUUCAUUUAUUGCUGGCAUGGCAAUGAACUCACCCUCCAGAGCCAGAGUUUGUCACAAACUGUUUUCUCCAGCAACUGGUGGAAAUUUAACAAGAAAUUGAAUAAUGAUUUGGGGAUAGUCAUCACCCGGUUUUGCAAGCCGAUUAUUUUUAUGGCCGGACCUCUUAUGGAGCUUUCGUUACAGAGAUUCAUUCUCCGACUGUCCUACUCUUUUUUUACGCUUCUCAAAAGUACAACAGUACCCCAAUAG